AAGUCAGAGCAAAUCGAGUAUUAACAAUGUUAAGUGCCUUUUUGAGUAUCUUUUUAUUCUUUACAAUUUUUGUAAUAGUAAGCUGGAGUAAUGUCAAAGCAGCAGUUAAAGGUGAUCCCUACUAUCAUUGUCAGUUAAAAUCAAAUGUUACUAAUGAUCAAAUCAAAAUACUCUUGGAUGAAAAUAUUGAAUUAAUUGAAGGAAUUCAUGAGAUUCAAUGUUUCAUUCAAUGCAUAUUGAAAAUAACUGGAAUUAUGGAUGAGCAUGAUUUGAGAAGUUUAGCUGCAGCUAAAUGGAAUGGUGCUGGAGCAGAAGAACUUGAACAAGCUUACUUUAAUUGUAUUGAUUAUAAUAAUGAUAUGAAAGAUGCUUGCAAAAGUGGAUUUUUUCUUUUCAAGUGUCUAAAAGGAAUAUUUGGUACCCAAUAA